ACAGGAAAUAAAAGCAUGUUAUAUGACUUCAUCACCUCGAUAGACAAUGAACAAUGGAAUUCUCUCUCCGCAGCCUCAACCAUAUUCGAAGACUACUGCGGCAUCGAGCCUGUACGACAUCCGGAGGAGGAGACGGAAACGAGGCCGCCACCAGAAGUGUCAAAAGAAGUCCUUAUGGGGCUCUACCAGGACAACUCGGCGGUCCUUGGAGGAGUUCUUGCAAUCAUUUUUAUUGCACUGCUGUGCAUGGGAUUCUUAAUUGGGCGAUACAUGGCACGGCACAAAGGUGACUACCAGACCCACGAGGCAGAUGGGGCUGAUGCCGCGCCGGAUGCAGACUGGGCAGUGCAGCACUCCAUGACGGGCCACCAGGUCAAGAGGAACAUGGAGAUGUACAUCUAGACAACGGCGGCUUCAGGCCGUUCGAAACGCAUGCCGAAAAAAUUAUCGAAAGAAAACCGUAGAGAUAAACUUGAAGAGUACAACACAUGUUCGAUUGUGUUAGAUGAGGCGCUUAGUGCACAUGAUCACGUAGGUCACAAGCUAGAACUAUGAGGAAGGUCCAUCAUGAUAUAAGUUUUAUUUUAUUUACUUAUUUAUGUAUAUUUAAAGAGAGCUGACACUGAGUAGAUUACUAUUAUUCAUAAAAAUGCUUAUGAAGGAUUAUAGCAUAGUGAUUGAUCAUAAUUUAAGACAAUGAGGGGAAGAAAAUCUUUUCCAGACUAUCUUAUUUAAUUAUUAAUUAUUUAAUUAUUUUCUGUUGCAAUUUUUUCUCAAAAUAGGUUUGGGAACUGAAUCCUCCGCAUGCUAAACAUUUUGCUGAUAGACUGUUUAGCAGAUGUUUUCUUUUUUUGUAAUGAUCAAUUCUGCAGGAAGGUCCCAGAAUUAGUUACGAGUUAGCUGUAUGUGUUAAAAGGUUGGUGAGAUUCAAAGGUUGAAUAUCCUUUGGCGAUUAGCAUAAUAUCAGGGCUCUCGAGGUCUGAGCACAAGCGGGGGAAUACAAGGGCAUAUUUCUUUCUAAUUGAGGAAUGAAAAAGGGGUAUGCCUGGUAGUGUUGUCGGUUGGGAAUGCGCAGUGCUUGUGACUUGAGGUAACAAGUCCGACAAGCUUGUAAUCUUUGUCAGGGAUGAAUAUUUGUGGAUUCAUUCUUUAUUGACUGAGCAUAUAACUUGAAUAAAUCUUGAAUAAUUGUGUAAGUCAAGAAUUACCAGUAUGUUUAUGGCAUCAUUCCUGAGCGUUUUAAGCAUCUUUCCGACAGCUCUCCCCUUACGUCAGUCCAUUCCCUUUAAGAAAACCUGAUGUUGCUUGUGUUUAGAUCUGAAGGUUCUUUUGCUGGUCAUGAAGGGUUUCCGACUAAUAUAAAAAGCCAAAGUUGUUACACUUCCAUUUUAUUUCUUUAUUAUUGAUAAGGUUUAUAUUUUAAGGAGUAAUCUUAAUGUUUUUCUGUCUACUUUUAUAUUUUAACUCCUAAAAGGAUGGCAUCUAUAAUAUUACAAGGAUAUAGGUGAACACAUGUCUCGCGCAGUGUGUUGCAGUCUGGAGGUAGAUUGAUGUCUGGGCAGGAAGCUGGUAAUGAGAAAGCACUAUCUGGCAUCUUUUACCUCUUCCCAGCACACCAGUUUUGCGUCAGGAUGUCUGUCAACUGCAGUCAGUGAAAAUGUUAUACUCAUCAACUGUAACCAGCCAUCAAUUUUGUUCUUUCUCAACUAUUAUAUACGGAAUAUUUUUUACAAGGCAGGACAUGUUUACCAAGAGUUGGAGAAAUAUACUUUUGUGUGAGCAUUGCAUUGUAGCCCUUUCAUCAGGGGUUGAAAUACGGAAUCUCAGUGCAUAAACAUAUAUAGCAAUAAGAAUCUCGUUUCUUGUUUGUUUUUCCUUAUCUCAUCUGUGAUCUUUUAACUAGUUUUUUUCUCUUCUAGAAUUGACAUUUAUUUUAUUUAUUUAUUUUAUUUUAUUUAUUUAUUUUAUUUUAUUUAUUUAUUUUUUUUUUUUCAUAAA